AUGUACAAGACUGGCCGAAAAACACGUUCCAAGAAUGGUUGCCGUACGUGUCGAAUCCGAAAAGUGAAAUGCGAUGAGGAGCGGAUUGUCGUCGACAAUAAGAAGGAACCCCAAUGCAGGCGGUGUUCGGUCGCGCGAAUCGCCUGCGAAUGGAAGGGUGGACCGAUUCCUCGUCGGUCAACGACAGUACAUAGGAAGAGUCUGGAGGCAAGGAUCCAUGCUAGCUCGCAUGGCUCGAUGAGGAGACUGGCUGACUUGCAAACUGCCUUGCUUCCUGCUUGCACCCAUGACAGUAGCCUGCAAGCUGCCAAUUCGCUUGUCCUCUCGGGUUCCGACCGGUCUCGCUUGAACUAUCUUCAAGAUUCUCUCCUGGUCACUAUACUCGGCAAACAUUGGCCGUGGUCCACCAUCUCCUACGCCUACCAUAGAGUAGCCGUCAAGGAACCUAUGGUGAUGAGUAUGAUACUCGCCACGACUGCCAGUGAAAUCCAUCGAUCACGUCUCCAUGAUUGCUCCAGUACACGUGUGUAUCCCCCGGCCAAUGAUUCGUCCGACAUCGAUGGCAGGGUACACUAUGGUACGGCGUUGUCCAGACUCCGCGAAGCGCUCGCUGAAGGCGUGGAGACCCCGUCGAAGCUCGAGGCGAUUUUCAUAACAUUGUGGCUGAUGGUUGAUUAUGAGAAUCGGUUUGGGAGUGGCGCCUCUACAAUCAAUAUCCAUUUGCGAGGCAUCGAAAGCAUACUGUAUAAUCAUAUAUUACCUCUGCUGAAACUCGAGGAGCGUACAAUUACUGCCGGGAGUCCUGAAACGGCGGAUUUGUUGCUUCACAAUUCCGCGGAGGGUGCGAGCUUGAUCGAGAGAGCUGCCAGCAGUCCAUUCGAUUCGGUAGCUGGUCCAUCUGACGGGAAGCUAGUUUAUACGGCAGUGCCUCUAUUCCUGCUGUGGACCCUCUACUUCUUUACGCCAGGCGUGCUUUUCUUUGGACCUGGCGCUGUAUAUGAACCAAGGUUUGAGAAAGUCAACGAUGAUCUCUGCCGUCUCUUCCUUCGCGCAGAAGAUGGAAACUCGCCAUUGAACCUAGGGAACCUCUAUCGCAUCAGUAGAGAGUCGCCUUCGAAGUUCUGGAAAGGAGCCUACCCAGCCAAAGCACAACUAGAUGAUAUGGAAAACUAUCCCGGCUUAGCCCUUUACCACAGAAGCCAUGUGGUUCAAUUCAGGAUCGCCGAGUUAUAUCGGCAAGCAAGAAGCACCUCUUGGAACGAAGCAUCUUAUCAGAAGAUUGUUGAUGAGAUAGUCAAGGUAGCGAAUGAGUUCGAAAUGCUUCUCUCUUCUGCAAAAGCCGCCCCGUCGUGUGAUAUCGCGGGAGACGGCCGCCGCGUGAUGGAGACUAUCUAUUGGGCAGCCAUCACGUAUUACAGCACGAUUGUAUACUUCCACCUAUGCUUGGACAGGCAACUCCCAGACAAAUCCACACAGACCGGGUUGAUGUCGCAAGAAAAGGCCGUCUCCCUUGUCCUGGAGCUAUCCCUGAAGCUCCAUCGAAGCAGACCGCACCUCAUGGUGCGCAUCACGUGGCCGCUCUUCAUGGCCGGCGUGGCUACCACCGACAGGAUUUAUCAGGAUUGGGUGUCUAUCCGGCUACGAGAGUUGGGACGGUAUGGGCAGAACUACAGCCGUGUCAGUCGACGCUUUGACGAGAUUAUUCGUGGAUCUGAACUUUUUGGGUAUUCUCAGAAGCAACUUCCAUAUUACAACGCUGGUUGA